GAUGCAGAAUACGUGGCAAUUAAGCAACAGUCUCGAUCGAUACCAAAGCUCCUCGCUCUCGCAGUGCAACACAGGCGAGAAUGUACCGAACAGCGGCUAGGCGGCUUCUGGCCGGUGCAACGGCAAGUAACUUCAGCAAUGUCCGUGUCGUCCAAUCCCUUAAUCUCCAGGCUUCAAUCACUCCCUCUUUGCGAUUUUCCACUUCUACAAAUUCCCAAUCACCCACUGGUCCAACCCUUCAUGUAGACCCCAUAAAUCCUACUCUUUCAGAUUCUUCAUCCACGUCAACCUCAUCAGCUGAGGGGCCUCCGCGCCAGGAGAGGCGGAGACCAAGAGUCGAAUACCAGGACGAACAAGCUCGAGUGCUUAAGGCAUCUCUUGGUCACGUAAUGAGGCUAGGAUGGACUGAAGAAGCCAUGAUCGCAGGUGCAAGGGAUGUUUGUAUAUCUCCUUCGAUAAUUGGAUCAUUUCAUAGAAAAGAAGCAGCAUUAGUUGAGUUUUUCAUGGAUGAGUGCUUACAAAAGCUUAUUGAUAGAAUUGACCUGGGCAAGGACUUGCAGAACUUGAUUCCAAGUAAGCAUAUCUCCAAGCUUGUUAGAAUUAGACUAGAAAUGCAAGCUCCUUAUAUCUCAAAAUGGCCUCAAGCUUUGAGCAUCCAGGCACACCCACAGAAUAUAUCGACAAGCUUUAAGCAGCGGGCUAUGCUGGUUGAUGAGAUAUGGCAUGCUGCAGGUGAUGAGGGCUCUGACAUAGAUUGGUAUGUGAAACGCACUAUACUUGGAGGAAUAUACUCAACAACUGAGGUUUUCAUGUUGACUGAUAGCUCCCCGGAAUUUUGUGACACAUGGGCUUUCUUGGAAGAUCGAGUGAAAGAUGCAUUUGAUAUGAAGAAGACCAUUCAAGAAGCAACGUACUUGGCAGAAGCUGUUGGUGCGGGAAUGGGAAGUUCUUUGCAAAAGUUUUUGACUAAUGUUCUUCCGAAAUGACAACCAAUUAUGGAUUAUUCGAAGGAAGCAUAUUGUUUGCUCUCUGGGUAACUUAUGAAAAUCCUACUAUUUACGCAAGUAUAUUGCUUGUCUUGCCAUUAUCUAUAGCUUCCACUGGGGACAGAAUCUUGGAGCAGAUAUUUUCACUUCGAUGGUGGUUUGCUGGUCCUUUCAAGUGUCUUCUUUAGUUGGGCAUAUUUAGUCCAAUUGGGGGAGAAUUCUGUGCUGCCCUGGGUUGAACUAACACCAUGCGUGGUUUUACUUUGAUGAGGAGCUGCCAUAUGGGAAUGGUAAUCUUUUUUAAGACGUUACCAUUAAGUUUAGCGAGCUGUCUUUUUUUUUUUUUUUUUUGUUUUUUUGUGUGGAUACUGGGAUUUUUACAUCUAG